CACUGUCAAUCCACUGUCAACAGGAGAGGAAAAAAAUCAACAAUCGCAAAAUUUUCACACGCAAGCAAAACGUCUCAGGACUUGUUCCGAUGUUUAGCUGCAAUUGAUUGCUGUUGGAAAUACGCGCAACAGAACCAGGUAAACCCGUCAAUUCUAAACCCGUCGCAGCCGAUUCCUCCCGUCGCACCACGUACCAGAGACGCAGAAAGUUCGUUCGGUUCCCCCGGGGAAGGCAUCCAGGCGCGAUGAAGAUCCACUUCCGCGAGCAGUACGGCUCCACCGGGGAGGAGAUUCUCUACGUGACCCCGGACAACCAGGACUCGGUGGUCCGGGUGACGGUGAAGGGCGAGCGGCCCAAGCUCCGGAAGCGGCUCAGCUUGAAGCGGUUCUUCCAGAAUCUGUUCCUGCCGGCGGGCUACCCGGACAGCGUGAGCAGCGACUACCUGGCGUACCAGAAGUGGGACACCGUGCAGGCCUUUUGCAGUACCAUCAGUGGCACCCUCACGACGCACGCCAUUCUCAAGGGUGUUGGAGUGGGCAGUGACGUCGCGAAUCCACUAUCGGCAACGAUCACCUGGGUACUGAAGGACGGCAUGGGACACUUUGGGCGGAUUCUUUUCGCCUGGUGGAAGGGGACGGAACUGGACAUCGACUCGAAGAAGUGGCGUAUCCGGGCUGACAUCCUGAACGAUAUUGCGAUGGGCGUCGAUCUGUUCGUGUUACCGCUGUAUCCGAAGGUUUCGACGUACAUCCUGUGCGCCACCAGUACGAUGAAGGCGAUCGUCGGUGUGGCUGGAGGUGCCACGAGGUCCGCCUUAACGCAGCACCACGCUCUCCGGGGUAAUCUGGCGGACGUGGCUUCAAAAGAUAGCGCCCAGGAAACUUGCGUAAAUUUGAUUGCGUCCUUCGUUGGGUUGGGUUUGCUUACGCACGUGCAGAAUCAGAGAGUUUUAUACGGUCUGUUCCUGUUCGUAACGCUGCUGCACAUCUACGCCAACAUCAAAGCCGUCAAGGCGGUCUGUCUGCGCACCUUCAACGAGGCCCGCUAUCUGAUCGCGCUGGAAGAGUACUUCAAGUCCGGCACGAUGCUCUCGCCCCAGCAGGUCAACAAGCUGGAACGGGUCACCAUCGGGCAGACGGUAUCGCUAACCGCUCGCGUCAAAAUCGGCUGCUCGGCGCGCGAGCUGGCCCAGUACUACCGCAACUGUUACGACCUGGAGAACGUGAUCGCCUGUUUUGACUCGCGGGAAAAGUUUCUGCUCGCGGAAACCCGCCACUACGUCGGAGUGUACCUGCACUUCACCGUGAAACCGCUGGACAUUAUCAAGUCGUACUUUUACGUGGCCUCGUACCUGCAGGACAAGAGCCAGCUGCGCGAUCGCUUCUGGGAGACCCAGAACAAGUGGAACGAAUUCCUCAGCAUGGCCCAGCGCGAGGGCUGGAACGUGCAGGCCCAUCUGCUCAAAACCGACGAGUACCGGCUGGACUGGAGGAUAUAAGCUGGACAGGGUCAAGGCACUUUUGCGGCACACCUCGUCCGGUAAGUAUUUUAACUCAGCACUUUUAGCGUGUAUCAGAAACAAAACCUAGCGUUUAGAGAAUCUGGCAAGUGUGGUCAAGUUGCGCAAUUUUACCAAAUCAUUCAAAACCUUCCAUUUUUUAAAACGAACAAAUUAAAACAGCAAAAAGAGAAAACGACUAUUAGGGUGCCAAACAAGCAAUCUAGUCUCAAUUUAAACAAACGCAACCGCGCAACCAUAUUUCGGACCAAACCAGCAAGAAAGUUCAAAUCGAAAAUUUAAACAAAGGGGAAUUUAAGCGUAAAUGAAACAUCGAACGUUUUAGCGAGUACAGUCAUCCCACAUAUUCGGAACGGUUUCCAGAUCGGCCAAUGUUCAAAAAAUCAUAGCGAAUCGAUAAUUGAACUUAAUUAUUCGCUUUUACC